GCGCCCUUUAUUUUAAGCAGCUGGCGGCUAGACGCAUUAGACACAUAAACCUAACUUUAGAUUCCUCCUCCUAAACUUGUGAACCCUUCCAUCUUUUACCUAACCACCAACAAACCGGUAAGCCACCGACUUGCGUUUUAUUAAGCGCUGCUUUUGCUACCUUUCCCUCGUUUAUCCUACCUCUCUCCACAUACUAUAUCUGCGAAACCAUGGCUCGCGGCAACCAGCGUGAAAAGGCGCGCGAGAAGAACCUCAAGGCCCAGGCUGCUCAGAAAUCGAAGAACUCCAAGAGCGGUACUGAGAUGCAACGUGACAAGGAAGCUGUCGCCGAGAUGAUGCGCAAGAAGCAAGCUGCUGGUAAGAUAUAUUUUCUUCUUGGAAGGGGAACGAAACGCGGCUAUUUAGAUCGUUUCCUGCCAUAUAACAUACGUGUUCUGUUCGUAAGCUGAUUCAUCCUUUGUUUCUAGCCGACGCGAAGAGGGCAGCCGC